AUGACAAUUUUGCUUUUGCAGACGUAUGGCGGAGGAACGUUCGGUCCAACGGCAGGAGGGCCAGGCGGGGGGCCAGGGGGAGGUGGUGGCGGAGGCGGUGGUGGCGGUGGAAAUGGAGGCGGCGGAGGUGUCGAGGGUGCCACUUACCCCCCGGACUCGCCGUACUUCCCGUUUGGGAGCCGUGGUGUACCGCCCUCCGUGGGGACACCCACCCCUGCUGCUAAUCCUGCAGCACCCGCCGGCACCAACGGUGCAGCGCGGUUACCGAAUUCGACAGCCGGUCAGUUUUAUCUUUCCCGUCUCUUCUUCGAGGCCGUUUUUUUUUUUUUUGACAGAUCGUCUCAGAAGACCAGAGAUAGAAGUGUUAAAUCGUUGAAUUUCGUUUCAGGUGCCGCAACCGUGAAGAGGAAGAAGGACAUUUCCCAUAAAUGCACAAAAAUUCGCAUUGUCCAGUGGUCGUUCUCCGAUAAAACAUUACACCGGUGCGAAAUUUUUCGCGUUAAGCCGUGAUCGAAAUGUCCGCGAUCUUUAG